AGUACCAGUCUAGAGAAAAGGUCGGAGCGCUCCCUUUCGGCGAAACCGUUUACGUCAUUUCCAAGGACGCUUUGAAAUUUUGUACGAGUAAUCAACGCCUCUCCGAAACAUUGGUUAAUCAUGUUACGAAACGUGAUAACAAAACUUUCACAGCCGGCAAGGUCCCUCAUCCAACAGAAUAUUUCACGUGGAGCGGCAGCUUCUUUGGCACGUGGUUACAGCAGUAAAGCACACGAAACGGAUGAGGAGUUUGAUAGAAGAUACGAGGCAUACUUCAACAGGCCUGACAUUGAUGGAUGGGAAAUUAGGAAAGGCAUCAAUGAUCUAUGCGGACAUGAUCUGGUCCCAGAGCCCCAGAUCAUCUCUGCUGCUCUGCGCGCUUGCAGACGGGUAAACGAUUACGCUUUGGCCGUCCGCGUCGUGGAAGCAAUGAAGAACAAGUGUGGUAACAAAGAGAAGGAGAUCUACCCAUGGCUCCUGCAGGAGAUUCGUCCGACACUCGAUGAGCUGGGAAUCAAUACUCCAGAAGAACUCGGCUAUGACAAGCCAGAGCUCUGGCUCGAGGACGUCCACGAUAUACACUAAAAUUGUAUUAUAACAAAACUACAAAAGAACUGGAGGUAAUUUCAUGCCAUUCAAAGGUGUACAAGUUAAAUAAUUGUUUAAGUUAGGAUUGUCUUCAGGAGUCUUCAGUAAAACUAGGUUAAUAUAUUAUUGGAACUUAAGAAACCAGUAAUUUAUAUGCGCGAGUAGGUAAUUUUGAAUUAGAACCAAUACAUUCUUCUUAAUCUGGGGCUCCUGCUCUAUCUGCCAUCGCAUUGUUAGCUGUUUGAAAGUGCACGUGGCAAUUCAAAAGGUAUGUUGGAAUGUUUGCGAUAAUAAAUGUUAUAAAGGUAUCAGUGAA